AUGGCCGAGCCGGGGACUUUGAACCUCAAUAAUGAGGUUGUGAAGAUGAGAAAAGAAGUGAAGAGAAUCCGAGUUUUGGUUAUCCGAAAACUUGUCAGGAGUGUUGGCAGACUGAAGUCAAAAAAGGGUACCGAAGAUGCACUGUUGAAAAACCAAAGACGAGCACAACGACUGCUCGAGGAAAUUCAUGCCAUGAAGGAGUUGAAACCUGAUGUAGUAACUAAAUCUGCUCUUGGUGAAGAUAUCAAUUUUGAAAAAAUCUGCAAAAAGCCUGAUUCGACUGCGGCUGAAAGAGCAGUUGCUAGACUAGCAGUGCACCCUCUUCUGAAGAAAAAAAUAGAUGUGCUGAAAGCUGCUGUCAAAUCCUUUAAAGAUGCAAGACAAAAUGUUGUUGAAGAUAAGUCAUCAAACAGUGCUUCAAAAGAAAAUCAUUCCAAGGACACUUUGUGUUCAAAUGAUGAUGCCAAUAAGUUACAGCAUGAAGGAACUAUUAUCCGUGAACAAGAAGAGAAGGAAGCCAAAAUAUUGGCAAAGAAACCGAUAAAUAAUUCAAAAGAAAAAAUAGCCAAGAUGGAUCAUGGACCCAAAGCAAUGGGCGUCCCAAAAUCUCUAUCAAAGCCUUCCGAAAAAGAUUCUGCAACACCCUCAGCAUUGCAGAAGAUACCUGCUGACCCCAAAAUGAAAGCAUUAAGUGAAACCAAAAAAGUGAAAGAGUGCAGUAGCUCACUUGACGUUGAGAGUGAUGGAGAAGAAUUACAUGAAGAAGAGAAGGAAUAUUUUGAUGAUAGCACAGAAGAAAGGUUUUACAAACAAUCUUCCAUGUCUGAGGAUAGUGAUAGUGGUGAUGACUUCUUCAUUGGGAAAGUCAAACGGGCACGGAAGAAGGAAAGUAGUUGUCGUUUAUCAGAUAAGGAACAAAACCCCCCCAAAAAAUUGUUGCUUGAAGAAGAUAUACCUGAAACCCAUAAAAAUUUACAAAAUGAUAAAAACAAGCCACAUACAGAGGCAAGGAGGCUUGAAUCAGUGUUUUUCCAUUCUUUAUCUGGAUCUAAGAACCUUGAAAGGAAUCACAGAGAACAGGUUCCAAGAAGCAAAACCCCGGAUUUUCAGCACAUUGAACCUCAGAUCAAGAAUCAGUUUAAUAAAAAAGCACAAAGAGGAUUUGAAAAUACAAAACAGAAAUCACAGCUGCCUCUUCAUCCUUCAUGGGAAGCAAGCCGGCGGCGAAAAGAAGAGCAAUCCAAAAUUGCUGUGUUUCAGGGGAAAAAAAUUACCUUUGAUGAUUGA